CACAUACAAGUGCAGUAAAAGCUUGUCAAGGGGGACUUCCCCUAGCUAGAGCAACCUUGAACUCUCACCCACGUGGCUGCAGAAAAAGUCAUGGAGAAGUUGACUUUGGAAGAAAUACAGUGCCUUGGUGGAACACAGGAGGAUCUGUCCCUCCUUGAGGGUGUGGAUGAAGAUGGCGAUGAGGAGAUGGUGUUCAUUGGUAGCGAUGUCGAUAAAAAGUGCAGGCAAGAUAUACAAAGUUUUAUUGAUAAUCUUGGUCUGAAAGCGAGCACACGAAAGGCAGCCAAAGACAAGAAGAAGAUGAACGAGUCACCAGACGAACAGACACAGCAGAGGGAAACUCCCCAGACCACCACCCCCACCACUGUCCAUCUUGAUAAACAAUUGAUGUCGGUCUCUGCCAAACCACUCAAAAGGAUGCUGGUUUCCAUAGACACCGAGCAAAUGUGGUACGAUCAGUCUGAGUCUACCGAGCCAACAGACGCUGUCAGUCUGAGAGUGAUUGUCCACCUCACAAAAGUGGGGGAGGAGCUAAUGGCGAGCGAAAUGUCACUCUAUGAGAAAACUCGUCAGAAGAGGAAGAGUGCUGGAGACUUGAGAUGGUUGAAAAAAGUUCUCACUGGUGGCACCCUCAGCGAUAAAAUGGCCACUCGUACGCUACUCAUUCAGGAGUCCCCCGUUCACACUCUACCAUCUCUGGACAGCCUACUAACAAUGGCUGGCAAAAAAGGGAAAAGAGAGUGUGUGCUAGCCAUAGAUGCCCUCAAGGAGUUGUGGUUGACAAAUUUGCUCCCUGACAACAGAAAACUCAAAUCGCUAAAACAGAGGCCGCUAAGUGAGCUGGUUAUCAGUGAACAAUCUGUUCACGCACGACACACCAAGUUGUUGCUAUGGUACUACGAAGAUCAGCUGAAGGCGAAAUACGCUCAAUUUCUGUCCAUCAUUAGGGGCUUGCUUCACGACACGGUGGCCAAUAUCCGUGAGAAGGCACUGGGUCACGUGUUUGACCUCCUCUACCGCAAGCCAGAGCAAGAACAAGAGCUGCUCUCUCAACUGGUCAACAAACUUGGAGACCCCAUCAGAAAGAUUGGCUCAAAAUGCACACUUUUCUUGCUAAAAUUAUUGAACCACCACGUCAAUAUGAAGGUGGUUGUUGCCACGGAGCUAGAGAAACUGUUGCACAGGCCGAAUAUCAAAUCUAAGGCACAGUACUACUGUGUCUGUUGUCUCAAUCAAUUCACUAUAACGGGACAAGAGAACGCUUUGGUGGCUAAACUAAUUGAAAUUUACUUCACUUUUUUCAAGCUGUAUGUUGAACGUGGAGAACUGGAUGCCAAGAUGCUUGGAGCGUUGCUUACUGGAGUGAACAGAGCUUUUCCAUUCCUCAAGGGCGAUAUUCCAUCUUUUGAGGACCAUUUGCAGUCUUUAUUCAAAGUGGUUCAUAUUGGGCCCUUAGCGACAGGCAUACAGUCGCUCCUUCUGCUUUACCAAGUAAUGGAGUCCAGACAAGCCAUUUCAGGACGAUACUACCAAGCCCUUUACACUAAACUGAUGGACCCCUCUUUGAAACAUUCUGGAAAACAGGGCAUCUUCCUAAAUCUGUUGUUCAAGAGUGUCAAGAACGACCCGGAAAUGAACAGAGUGAAGGCGUUUGUCAAGAGGAUUCUACAGGUGGCCUUGUUUCAUUCCCCCGCCUUUCUCUGCGGUUGUCUCUACCUCAUUUCAGAGGUGCUUAAAGUCAAGCCUUCUCUGUGGCCAUUUAUACUGCAACCCACGACCUCUGACCUGGAACACUUUGUAGAUGUCCCACUCUCUAGCGACUCAGACUCUGGAAAUGAUGACAAAGUUCCUGUCGCGUCUUCUCAAGAUCAUGUGACCAAGAUUAGUGAUAACGUUGCACGAGAUUCGUCAUCGUAUCAAAUCAUGAAUAGGAAUCCGCUGUAUUGCAAGGCAGAGACCAGCUGCCUGUGGGAGCUGAACAGGCUGACUCAGCAUUUCCAUCCUUCUGUACAAGUAUUUGCCAACAAAAUUGCCCUGGGGGAGCAUGUAGAGUACAAGGGGGAUCCCCUAGAGGACUUCACGAUGAUGCACUUCCUGGAUCGAUUUGUGUACAGGAACCCGAAACAGAAGGACAGUGACCACGGAGGCUCUCUCAUGCAGCGUGCCUCCAGGCUACUCCCAGACAAAGCCAGGACAGACGCUCCUGUUAACUCCGCCGAGUUUGCGUCCCUGAAGCCAGAUAAAAUCCGCGAAGACGAGCUAUUCAUGCACACCUACUUCACACGCAAAACAACUCUCGGUGAGGAGGCAGCAAAAGACAAGAAGACAAUCAAUGACGAUGACGAGAGUGGGAGUGAAAUGGACUUUGCUGGUGAGCUGGCAACGGCUGGGAGGCAGGCAAAAAGGAAAGGAAAAGCAAACAGCGAACGAGAGAAUAUAGAUUCGGACAGUGAUGUGGACUCGUUAGUGGGCGGGGCCAGUGACAAUGAGGAGGGUGGUGUGGAGGAGCUGGAGAGAAUGUUGCUCGAGAAUAUGUCAUCAGAUGAAGAAGAAGAGCGGCCGCAAACAAAGAAACAAAGAACAAACGCCCAACUGCCUGAGGGAGAGAACGACAUGAGCUCAUUGUUUGCAGCUGCAGAAGAGUUUUCUCACUUGCUAGAAGGGGAUGACGCCAACACUGCAGACACUGUGCAAACCAAGAGGGGUGUGACUCAUGGGAAACAGCUGCUCUGGGAACAGAAGAACGAUCGUCGUGGAAAGGGUAAAGGUCAUAUUAGAACUGGCAAGAAAACGAUUAGUCAUAAACGUGAUAGAAUGAGAAAGCGAAGACAGUGAAAGUUGUCAAUGUGUAGAUAAUUAUCGUUAAUUAUAUAUAUAUAUAUAUAAUAUUAUAUAAUUAUUAUAUUAUCAAAGUUCAAAGUUUGUUAAAGUU